AUGUCCCUCCCAUGCAUCAAUUCCGGCAGCGCCGCCACAGACAGGCCGCCGGGCGCAAGGAACGAUAUCGUUUCGCCCGCCGACCUCGCCGCCCACAGCGAGGCUCAGAAACCCCGGGCGGUCGACGAGCGCAUCGAGGCGGGUGUCAAAGGCGUCACGGAUAAGAAGGGGGUGCCCAAGGCGAUGGGAGGGGCGGGCGAUCGCAAGGGGUUGGAGAAGGUUGGGUUAAAGGAUGAUUGA